CUGUUGUGCCAAUCAGCAAUGUACUCUGGGGCAGCGGAGUUGUACCUCGAAAGAGCCGAAACUGACCCUAAAACAUCACUCUGAUACCGUCAUUUCUCAAGAAACCCUGAAACAAGCCUCCAGCGCGUUCCCGUCUACUCUUCAGAGAAAAUGCGAGCCCUUCUUCGCACAUUAACGCAGCUCUCCAUCAAGCCCAACGGUAAGACCGGGCAGUUCCACAACCUCAGUCCUUUCCUCGCUUUCCAAAAACCGUUUUCUACUCAAGAUGAAAGCGGUGAAAAAGAGCCGGAUUGGGCGGCCCAUUUCGGUGGAACCGGAUCGUCGGGCCCCGACCCAUUAGGCUGGGAUGCGGGAGCUUCGUCUUGGUCCACUGGCCUGACGAAGGAGCACUUCGACGGUGAAGUAAUCGGGCAGCAGGUGACUUCGGAUUCGGGCCAGAGUCAGCGCAGUGCGGGCAGUCGGGGUCAGUCCCAGGGGCGUAAGUGGUAUUCGGAUGCAAGGUGGACGGACCAGGAGAUGUCAAAAGUGAGGGAAUUAGAGGCCGCGAACCGUAUGAGUAAGGCGUUUGUAGAUGGCUGGGAUGAUAGAAUGGAUGAAAUAACCGUGUUGAUGAAACAGGCAAGGGAGCCUGGUGCCAGGGGCUCAUACUUGAAGGAUUCAGAGAAGGCAGAGAUGUACAAAAAGCACAAGGAGAAUCCAGAGGUGUACACUGUGGAGAGGUUGGCAAAAGAAUAUAGGAUCAUGAGGCAGAGGGUGCAUGCAAUUUUGUGGCUGAAGGAACUUGAAGAAGAGGAGGAGAAGAAGCUUGGGCAUCCAUUGGAUGAUUCAGUUGAGUUGUUGCUUGAUACUUGUCCUGAGUUUUUCAUCUCCCAUGAUAGGGAAUUCCAUGUUGCGUCUCUGCCAUAUAAACCAGAUUUCAAGGUCAUGCCUGAGGGCUGGGAUGGCACUACUCGUGACCCAGAUGAGGUGCACUAUGAGAUCUCUAUGAAAGAGGACGAAAUGUUGUACCAAGAAUUUGUCCAGCGGAUGAAUUUCAACAAAAUGAAGAUGGCAAAGAAGGUGAAAUGCCACAAAUACAGCAGGAGGCGUCCAUCUGAAGGUUGGAAUUUUAUGGUGGAGAAACUAGGUCCCAGAGGCAAGCGUGGUAAUGGAGGUGGCUGGAAGUUUAUCAGUGAAGCAGAUGGUUCCACCAGGCCUCUAAAUGAGUUCGAAAAGAUGUUUGUGAAAAGAGAGACUCCUCGCAGGCGGAAGAAGAUCCUCCCAUGAUUUUGGGGUGAUCAAUUAGUAAUGGAAACGGGAAUAUAUACACAAGUGUAAUUCCCUUGGACAUUUCUGGCAGGGCUCUUUUGAAGUUUGUUAGCUUUCCAGUGGACUGAGGCAUGUCCUUUCUCUCUCCUUCAUUUCUCUGCCUUUGUCUGAAGCUAAACAACACCAUACAGAAUUAGGUUCUUACCAGCUGCAGUGAGAGCAACGGGACAUCUUCUUAGAUAUUUUUACUGAUAACAGGCACUUGUAAAGUCGUGUGUGUUCCCUUGCAGCCCGUUGUGGUUAUAUUUGUUAAUCUUCUGUGCCUUCUUUUUCCGAGGUGCGGUAUAUCGUACAUUUGCACACUUUUGCUUGCCCCAGUGACAUGUUUGGAUGUCGUCUGCAGUUUUAAUAUUAUUGUGGGGUUGACACUUGAGGUAAUAAAGUUUAAUUAGUAUUACAUGCUCAGUAGAGUUGUAGUGGGGGUGUGUCUGCAUUGUUUGACAAAGAUCAGCUGGAUAUUGCUUAACUUAAUUCUAGUUGUGAUAUGUAUCAAUUGUGCA